AUGACCCGGUACAAGAGCACUCCCCUGUACGGCGGCGCCCUGGUCUGCGACUUGCCAGAGAAGUUUGCCGACGUGAGCAAACUGCGCGAAGUUCCCGACAACCAGGAAGUCUGGAUCGACCAGGACGGGUUCACCAGCAUCAUCUUUGACAUUACUGAGCGCGUCGGUCCCGCCGGCAGCAGCCCCGAGAUUGACGGUCGCGCCAUGACAACGCAUCUCGAGGAGCUCGUCGGCGAGGACAUUGAUACCGUCAAGGUCUGGAACACGACCGAGACAUCCUUUUCACGACUUAGGUGGGUGGCUAUCUUCGCCAGGCUCACAUAUUCCCUAACACGGCGAUACCCCCUGAGCAGCACCGAGGUCCCCGCGUACACCCUCAUCGCGACGCAAACCCCAAAGUCCAAGUCCGGCUCCGCGGCCCCUGACUUUACUGCCAUCAUCCUCACCUUGCUACGUCUCGAGAAAGAAUCCACCGACAUUCUCAUCACCAUCAACGUGCCUCACAUCAAGGGCGAGUACGACGAGGAGGACGUCGAUCUGGAGCUGGGCAAGCAGGGCAAGCUUAUUGGUGACGCCGUCGAGUAUGCGGCGCGCAUCUGGGAGACCUUCAAGGUCAAGGACUGGACUCUGUUCGCCGAGGUUUAG